CGCCAGUCAACCAACUGGUUGCUUUUCCAUUACCUUUGUGCACCGAAUAGUGUUCUUCAGUCUCGGGGAGUGCAUGUAGUGGAUGAUUAGGCUAUACCUGUCUAGCCCCCCUCCCCGAAGAUCCCUAGUCCUCCACUGAAGCACUCAAACUUCCUCAUAGCCUGCACACUCAGAUAAAAUCGGUCCGGUCACUUGCUCGCACCGCUUUGUUUCACUAGAUUUGUGCCUUCACAACAUAAAUUUGCCGCCGACUUUACAGCAGUUUCGUGCAUUGCUCUGCUGACCUCACAUCGGCUGUUGAGCUGUCAACCCAAGAGGUUCAAAUUUCUUACAGUAUCAAAGUACAGUUUGAAUUGCCGGUCGCGUCACCCAGAAACUCUGAAGCAUGGGUAAGCGGAAGAAGUCGAGCAGGCAACCACAGCAACCUAGAAAGAGAGAACCGUUGCCUACGACAUUUGCGUGCCUUUUCUGCAAUCACGAAAACUCCAUCGUCGUAAAACUAGACAAGAAACUUGGCCUAGGGAACCUGUCCUGCAAAGUCUGCGGUCAGCGAUUUCAGACAGGCAUAAACUAUCUCUCCGCUGCUGUUGAUGUAUACUCGGACUGGGUGGAUGCCUGUGACGCGGUUGCCAAGGAUACUGCUACCAAGUACGAGGAUAAUGAUCCUCGUGUCAGACCUUCGAACGAUUUCGCUACUUCCCCCAGCGCUCGUGAUGUUGGGUUCGAGGAAGCGGAUCGGAACGAUACAUAUGCCGAUGAAUACUGACUCUGAACUUAGAGGAUCCCGCAGCGUACCAAAUGAAGUAACAUUGAACUUGCGGCACACUUCUUAGUGGAAGAUACUAUACCCUAAUACUGUGAAUGGAAUCCAGCUGCGACAUCGUUAAGCUGUAAACGUG